CCGAGAUCGCGUAGUCCGGACUCAAUAUAUGCGUUCAGACGCAAAAAGAUCCCUACUUUGUGUUUGUUUGUUUGUCUGUAGUGUUCAAAGAGAAGCCAGCCAGCACCAUGGAAUCACCUGCAAGAAUCAUACCCAACCCCCACCUGUUGCAGAGUGACGAUCUACUCAAGCACAUAAUGGAGACAACGGUGUACCCAAGAGAGCCACAGGUCCUCAAGGAGCUCAGGGAUGCUACUGCCAAAGACCCCCGUUCACCAAUGGCUGCUGAUCCACACGCUUCACAGUUGAUGAGUAUGCUACUGAGGAUGGUGAAUCCAAAGCGAACCAUUGAGAUCGGCGUCUACACUGGCUACUCCCUCCUCACCACUGCCCUUUCUACUCCUCCCGAUGCCAAGAUCACUGCAAUCGAUCCAGAGCAUGCAUCGUACGAAAUCGGGCUGCCGUUCAUAAUCAAAGCAGGAAUUGAACAGAAGAUCGACUUCAUCCAAUCUCAAGCUCUCCCCGUUCUCGAUGACCUCCUGCUCCUGCAGAAAGAAGAAGGGAGCUUUGAUUUUGCGUUUGUGGAUGCGGACAAGCAGAACUACGGCAACUACCACGAGCGGCUGAUGAAGCUGGUGAAGAUCGGCGGCGUGAUUGUCUACGACAACACCCUCUGGGGCGGCACCGUGGCAAAGCCCGACGGAGAAGUUCCUGGCUGCAAGAGAGAGGGGAAGGUGCUGGCAGCUGAGUUCAACCGGAGGAUCGCCGCCGAUAACCGCGUCGAAAUCUGCCUGCUUCCGUUGGGCGAUGGCAUUACCAUCUGCCGCCGCAUCUCCUGA